AUGGCCUACAAGUACCUCACCGACCCCAGCUAUACGGGCCCUCCCUGGGACGCCGACUGGCCCCGGUACCCAGUGCAGACAUUCUGGGAAAGCACAGUCACGGCCGCGGCCGCAAACCAUGGGUCACCGCAGCCCUUUUCCAUCGCGCCGGUCGUUAAGUCAAGCACACAUGACCAAGAGGAACGGGAUAGGAACCAGCCGCGGGAAUACGAGUGGGCUAGCAAGCAGGCGUUCUGGUACAACGCCCUGGACCAGACGCUCGCGGAGCUGUCGCGGAGCGAGCACGUGGCGCGGCAGACGGCAGGCGAGGAUGCGGCUGCGAAGAAGACCAACAAGGCCCGGCGGAUGAUCGUGGCCCUGGUCCACGGUGUGCGCCAACACGUGGUCCGUGUCUUGGUGAGCGCGUUGUACACGGCCUUCGACGGCUUUGGCGAGAAAAUCGGCAGCAUUCUCGCUUGGCUACGGCAUCUUUACGUCUGGGCAGCUAUGGUGUUGCUCGUGGUGAGCGUGGCAUGCUGCUUGAUACAGUGCUGGUGGACGGGCAAGACGAAGUACAGUGGCGCCAGCCUCCUUGAGCCAUUGGAUGAGACCGUUGAAAUAACCUUCGUGGCCAUGCCAUGCCUAAGGGCAUGGUCAGUUGCUUGA